CCAGCCUCGCCAUUCACGACCAUGAAACAAAACCAGUUUGUCGGGAUAAGGAACUCAGCCUUUACUAUAAGUAAGCAAGACGACACAACACAAUGCACAAUGGACGCCUUUGCUUAGGUAUCUUAUUGCCUUAAUCGCCUCUACUACCUCUAAGCUACCGGAAAAGCUUCCAGUCAUUGCUUCUACCUCUACCUACCUAUUCACACCACCCCCCAUUAUCCCACCCCCCCUCACCCCCACAAAAUGUGCACAGUAACCUACAACGAAACUAAAUGCUCCCGCUGCAAGACCCUGAUUGAAUCCGAGGUCGACCGCAGUAAAUGCUACGAAGUCUGGAACUCCGAGUUCACCAUGAAUCCCCUAGAUUUCGGGGGGUGUAAAGAAGGCCAGACAUCGGUGACGAAUACGAAAGAGGAAGGGAUGUGUGAUGGAUGCCGGUUGUGCGGUGACUUUGGCGUUGGGGCUGGAAGUUGCCCCCAUUCCUAUUCCCAAUUCGACCCCCCAAGCAAAAUGUGCACAAUAACCUUCAACGAAACCUAUUGCUCCCACUGCAAGAACCUCACCCAAUCCGACAUUGACCGAAACACCUGCUACGAAGUGCUCAAAGCGGAGCACACGGCUAAACCACUGGCCUUUGGUGGAUGUAAAGACGGGCAGACGACAGAAACAACCACGAAGGAGGUGGAUAUGUGUGGUGAUUGUAAGGCUAAGGUUAGGGGUGCGAAUAUCUGGAAGGGGUCGUCGAUGGGGGCGCCGCCGGAUAUGCCGCAGUGGUAG